GGGAAUGCAUUGAAAGGGAAGGUUGGGAAGAAAGCAUACUUGGAGAACUGGCUGACGACGCUUCCAUCGCUGACACCAGGGGAGGUAGCUUACAGAGUUAACUUCGAUCAUGAGGAAGCCAUUGGAGUUCCUGGAGCUAUCAUCAUCACCAACAACCACGCCACUGAGUUCUUCCUCAAGACCAUCACUCUCGAAGACGUUCCCGGCGAAGGCACCAUCCACUUCGUCUGCAACUCCUGGGUUUACCCAAAACAGCGCUACGACUACGAUCGCAUCUUCUUCAGAAACAAGGCGUAUCUUCCAAGUGAAACGCCAGCGCCACUGCGGUAUUAUAGAGAGCAAGAGUUAAAGAAUUUGAGAGGAAAUGGAACAGGAGAGCGUAAGGAAUGGGACAGAGUCUAUGACUAUGCUUUGUACAACGAUUUGGGUGAUCCUGACAAGGGUCCGCAGUAUGUUCGCCAAAUCCUUGGAGGGUCUAGCGAAUUCCCUUACCCUCGCAGAGGAAGAACUGGCAGAGCACCCACCAAGACAGAUCCCAACAGCGAGAGUAGGAUGUUUAUCCUUACGAGCAUAAAUGUAUAUGUUCCACGUGAUGAACGAUUUGGUCACGUGAAGAUGUCAGACUUCCUCGCUUAUGGAUUGAAGUCUCUGUCUCAAGCCAUCAAACCAGCGCUGGAAGGUUACUUUGAUGGCACCGAGCACUGGGACAGCUUCAAGGAAAUAGAUAACUUGUAUGACGGAGGAUUUAAGCUACCAGUAGCUGUACUCGACACUAUCAGGAAAAAUGUUCCCUUUGAGAUGCUCAAGGAAAUUUUCCGAACUGAUGGUGAACAGUUCCUCAAAUUCCCUGUGCCUCACGUGACUAAAGUGGAUAAGUCUGCAUGGAGGACUGAUGAAGAAUUUGCUAGAGAAAUGUUGGCUGGAGUGAACCCUGUCAUCAUUCGUCGUCUCGAAGAAUUCCCACCAACAAGCAAGCUAGACCCUAACGUUUAUGGUGAUCAAUCUAGUAAAAUUACUGAAGACCACAUUGAGAAGAGCCUGGAAGGGCACAAUGUAUUUGAGGCGCUCUACGGCAACAGGUUGUUUAUAUUGGAUCACCAUGAUGCUUUGAUCCCAUACUUGAGGAGGAUAAAUUCAAUGGACAAUUCCACAAGGAUUUAUGCUAGCAGGACGCUCCUGUUCCUUAAAGACGACGGCACUUUGAAACCAUUAGCCAUUGAAUUAAGCUUACCACAUCUUGAUGGAGAUAAAUAUGGUGCAGUUAGCAAAGUUUAUACCCCAGCUGAAGAAGGCGCUGCAGGUACCAUUUGGCAACUUGCAAAAGCUUAUGUAGCCGUAAAUGAUUCUGGUGUCCAUCAGCUCAUCAGUCACUGGUUAAAUACACAUGCUGUGAUCGAGCCACUUGUGAUUGCAACGAACAGGCAGCUGAGUGCAGUCCACCCGAUUUACAAACUCUUGCAGCCUCAUUUUCGUGACACUAUGAACAUAAAUGCCCUUGCCAGGCAAACUCUCAUUAAUGCCGGAGGCAUUCUAGAGUCGACAGUUUUUCCAGGAAAGUAUGCAAUGGAGAUGUCAGCAGUGAUAUAUAAGAGCUGGGUCUUUACUGAGCAAGGACUCCCAGCGGAUCUCCUUAAGAGAGGAGUUGCAGUCAAGGAUUCAAGUUCGCCAUAUGGUCUUCGCCUACUGAUAGAGGACUACCCGUAUGCUGUUGAUGGGUUGGAAAUCUGGUCUGCAAUUAAAUCGUGGGUUGAGGAGUAUGUCUCAUUCUACUACAAGAGUGAUGAGAUUGUUCAGAAAGACUCGGAACUUCAGGCGUGGUGGAAGGAACUUAGAGAGGUGGGUCAUGGUGACAAGAAAGAUGAGCCAUGGUGGCCCAAAAUGCAAACUCGUGGAGAGCUCAUAGAGUCAAGCACCACAAUGAUAUGGAUUUCUUCUGCUCUCCACGCAGCCGUCAACUUUGGGCAGUAUCCUUACGCAGGAUACCUUCCAAACCGUCCCACUGUAAGCCGCCGGUUCAUGCCUGAGGAGGGCACUCCAGAAUAUGAGGAGCUUAAGACUAACCCUGAGUUGGCUUUCUUGAAGACAAUUACUGCAGAGCUGCAGACACUUCUCGGGGUUUCCCUCAUUGAGAUUCUGUCAAGGCAUGCUUCCGACGAGGUCUAUCUCGGGCAGAGAGACACUCCCGAGUGGACUGCAGAAGCUGAGCCAAUUCAUGCCUUUGAGAGGUUUGGAAAGAAACUGGUUCAAAUUGAGGAGGGGAUUUUGAACAGGAACAAGGAUGCCAAUCUGAAGAACCGAGCCGGGCCCGCCAAGUUCCCAUACACUUUGCUCUAUCCUACCGGUGAAGAAGGACUUACUGCCAAGGGAAUUCCCAACAGUAUCUCAAUCUAAAGCUUCUCAGCUCCCUGGGUUUUUCUUCUCACGAGCUGCUGCAUCUUUUGGUGCAGGCCAUCUUCAGGGGAAAGUCUGUUUAAGGUUUACCUUGUUGUCCACUUAUAAUAAGAGUGUCCAAGUACAAAGGCCUUUAGCCUUUGUAUCACUAAAAUAAUUUGUAUUGUGUUUUUAUGCUUAAUAAUGUAAGGAGCCUCAAGUAAAUAAAAUAUGAAAGCUUUCUGUUAUCGUUAUGGACAAAA